AUGCCGAAGUCCGAGCGAGGAAAUACUUUCCUGCUCUUGUUCCAAGAUAUGUUCGUGAUGUGUAAACCGAUGUCCUCCCCGACGGCCCAGGAUGUAGCCGAAACAUAUGAGGAACGGGUGUUCAGGAUGUUUGGCGCUUCAGAAAUGAUCCGCCACGAUCAAGACCCAAGAUUCAUGAGUGAAGUUUUCACCCGAUUCAGGGAACUCCUGGACAGCCGUCAAAGAUCCACCCUGAGCUACCGACCCCAGGCCAAUGCACAACAAGAACGUUCUGUUCAGACUGUUAUCCGGAGCGUGCGAGCGUAUGCUGCCGAGGAAGAUCAGUCAGAUUGGGAUGAUCACGCCGAGCGGUUGAUGUUCACCCUGAACACAUCUUUUGACGCGACCCGCCGGGAUAUACCAUUCUACUUGGUCCAUGGUUGGGAUGCUCAAGGCACCAUAUCUUCCAUGCUAGGACCUAAGCCGUCCAGCCUUCCAGAACGGACUGCGUACGAAUGGAGGAGGAAGUUUCAGCGCGACUAUAGCUAUGCACGAGCAUGUGCCAAGGACUUGCAGAAGAAAACAAAGCGCCUGAGAUCAGAAGCUCAGACCCAGAAGUGGAGAGAGCUUUCAGAACGUUUGAAAUCUGGAUUCGAAAGGGGCGACGCAGUGUGGUUGUAUAUACCCAAAGUAAAAACCAGGGUUGAGUCGCAAGUUGGCACACCUGUGGCAUGUCGUCUGAAGCCCCGGGCACUCUUCCCGAGGAGACCCACCGAUGAAAUCACCCUGGACGAAAAUGAUGACCUGGACGCGGAAUUGUUGUCCGAAGAUAGUUGGGAAGCAAACAUCCAGGAUGGUGAGUACGAAGUGGAACGAAUCCUGGAUCUCCGAUGGACUAAACGCACCCGCACAUCCAGAAGGACUAGAGAAUACCUUGUCAGGUGGAAGGGGUACGUCGAUCCUGAAUGGAUACCACUAUCGCAACUCAACUGUGGAGCCCUGUUGUAUGAAUUCAACCAAGGCGCCAGAGCCAGAGCACGCUUCAGGGCGAUGCAGGGUGGUGACGACCAUCCCCAAAUUUAG